AUGGAUACAUAUGCAUGUUUGGAAGAUUUAUCAAAUGAAAUUUUUUUCGAAUUAUUUGAUUACUUACAUGCACUUGAUAUUUUUACUGCUUUUGCUUCAUUAAAUAAACGAAUUUCAUCUAUUUUACAAUCAAUUGCACUUCAUGUUAUCAUCUUAAACAAUCAUUAUGAUCAAGAAAUUAAUUUUCUUUCUUCUCAUCUUACUUUUCAUGCUCAUCAAGUCAUAUCAUUAAAAUGUUAUGAUACAAUUCGUGAUCGUUCAUCUAUUAUUAGUUUAUUAUUUGAUCGACAUCAUUUUAUUAAUCUUCAAUCAUGUAUAUUUAUGUUGGAUAAACCAUCAAAUCAAUUUGAAAAUGUUCUUAAACAAAUUGAAAAUUUGAAUAGACUUGUUUCAUUUUUUGUCAUACAACCAGAUUAUAAAAAAAUCAGUGAGACAGACAAAUGUGAUAUAACUCGAACUACAUUCAUGAAUACAUUGUCUUCUCUUCGUUCAGUUAUGCUUCGUUAUAAUUAUAAUUACUCCAACAUAUCAACUUAUACUUUAAAUGCUUCGAAUCUUAUGUCACUUGAUUUGUUAAUAUCUGGCAAAGUAAAUACAGUAUCAAUUUAUUCAAUUUUGCCAAUUCUUCGUGUUUGUCAUAAAAUACGAUAUCUACAUGCCAUAAUAAAUGAAGAAAUUCCAUCAAGGAAAACUUUUUCUGUUAAAGUUCAAGAACCAUUUAUUUAUGAAAAUGAUCUUGUUAUAUCGCCACAAAUCAAAUCUUUCCAUUUAUCAAUUUCUGUUGAAUGUAGCAUUCGUUCAAUCGGUUAUAUCUUACGUUGUAUGCCUAAUCUUAUUCAUUUUAAAUUUUAUCAUGAAGCACGAACAGUACAGUGGGAGAAUGCUCAAGAUUUGGUAAAUGGUUAUAAAUGGCAAAAUAUGUUUGAAAUACAUGUUCCAUUUUUAUCUAAAUUUGAUUUUCAUAUGUCAAUUCAGAAAUAUAAUCCAAAAUUGGAUUUAGAUAUGAUCAUAAAUUCAUUUGAAUAUUUUCUUAAAAAAUAUCCCGAAUGGCAAAUGAUUAUUGAUCGAUGGAAAACUUAUGCCAUAUAUCCAGAGAAUUCUUUUCAAUCAAAUGAGAAUGAUUAUACACAACAAUGUAUUACUGGUCUUUCAAAGAUUGUUUAUUUACCCAAUGUAAAUCAAAUUGAAUUUGAAACAUCUGAUGAUCCAGAUGAAUGGAAAUAUAUUCAAUUUAUUCUACAUGCAUGUCCAAAUGUGAUUAAUCUUAAAAUUAGUUCUGCAUAUUGGAUUUUAUCAGAAUUUAUCGAUAAUCAAUUUCUUAUUUCAAUUUUCAAACAAAUUAAAAUACUUAAAUCAAUAAGAGAAAAUCGUUAUAUUCCUUCAAAUUUUCUAUUAAAACUUGUUGAACGUUUUCCAUCAAUUACUAAUAUUGAAUUUGAAAUGUUUUCAUUUGAUGAUUGUAUAUCUGCUAUUGAUAUAUUACUUAAUUAUCUAAAAGAUUUGUCUUAUCUUAAAAUUUAUUAUAGUCAAGAUUCAUUACUCGAUUAUCCUUUUUCUCGUAAUUAUAUUAUUGAUAAACGUCGUCAAGCAUUUAAUAUUAAUAUUAUCAAUGAAUAUAAGGUUAUAGUUAGCAAGAAUAGAGAAUCUGUAGAAAUUAGAUUAUCAUAA